CGGGAAACAUUUACCAGGUUUUAUUAAUGACAAAAAGAUGUACAUGAGAAGAGGGGGACCAAACCAAAACCUCUCCAGUGAAGGUAUGCCUUCACAAAAUACAUGAUUGAAAAAAGUAAUUGAGAAUUGGGGGGGGGGGGGGGGAGGGCUAGACCUGACCCAAAAAAAUAAGCUUAAUCUAUUUUUCAAAACAAAACGAUGCUAAUUAAGUCUACGAAAAUAGGCCAAACCCAAAGAAUCAGUAAUAAGAGCUUUCUUAACUAGAUGAGGAACCUUAGUAUUGCAAAAAUAGGAAAUUAAGCUGUUUUGAUCAGAUAAAGAAAUAUCUUGAGUGAAUAGAUGUGCCGUCCAAUUGGCUUCACGAUAGGUGUGUCUAAAUCUUAUCCCAUUUAAGCCUGUUGUUGUCCGCAUAUCUUCUAAGCAACCUUUCCAUCUUCCUUCAUAAAAGAGGUCUUGCAGAAGAGAAAUCAACCUCUGACAAUCAGACUCAACUUCGAAACUAGUAUAUCCCUGUCUAGCGCCCAUCGUAUAGCAAAAUCAGCAGCUCGAAUCUCUUCUUCGAGCGCAGACUCCGCGCUAAGAAGAAAGCUCAGACCAAAAAUCAGGGAUCCCUCCAUGUCUCGCAUCACAACUCCACCUGCCACUCUAUCAGGAUGUCGUCAAACUCCACCUCCUGGGAGACUGAAAAAAGAUUUUGAAAGAAAUCCAUAGCUUCCUUCCCAAUGUCUUCCUGGGAUGAGAGUAUAGCACCAGAUGAGUCUGUUAUUUGUGUAAUAGCUUGCCUUUUUUCCUGAUAUUCACAAAGGUAUGAAAAAGUAAGCAACAUGGGAUUAUGAUCAGAAGAAGAGUUGUUAAGGUUAUCCACCACAAUAGAGUCAAAACAGUCCAGAAAUGAAGAAUUGAACAUGAAUCUAUCUAACCUCCUCCAAAGUCUUCCAUUUUUUCUUACACCAGUCCAGAUCUCGUAACCUUGAGCAGGAAGAAGCAAGGCCACGAACAUUCCACACGAGACAACUAAUCAUUGAGAGGGUGGAGCACAAGUUUUUGGGAGCUGUUUAGCAACAUUUCUGGUAAGCAUGGAUGGUUCUUCAUGAAUUUCAGCAUUAGGAUUUUCACUUUUUCUUGGUCUGCCUCUUCUUUUCUUUGUAAUAGGAAUAAAUCCAUCAUCUUGAUAAUAUGAUUCUGCUAACGUUUCUUUUGGUGAUGAUACCUCAAAAGGUACUUACUUCUUUAUUAACAUUCAAAUUAAUAUCUUGGGAAACUGUUGAAAUCCCUUCCUCUGUUGAUAUUUCCUCCAUAAGUGUUUGCUUAGCCACAUUCACAUUCUGAGUAUUACCUUUUGUAGGUUGUAUAUGGUGCUCUUGGCCAACUGUCACCUCAUGCAGGUUAUGUGAACCUUCUGCUAUCCCUUUAGGACCGUUCAUAGCUUAACUUAGACUUCAAACAUGACUAUUCAUCAAAUAUGUCACCUUGAAGUACAUUCAAGAACAAUAUCAUGCCAUCCAAAUCUUUAGAUCAAUUCUAGCAAGAAUCAUAAACAACCUUGAACUAGUAUCUUAAUACCACUAGGUUGUUAUUAUCAAAAUCAAAUCUCCCUAUCAUGUGUGCUCCAACCUAUUUAGAAGUACAUGGUAGCUACACCGAAAAAUAUUUUCAAUAUAUAAUUAUUCAUUUCUCUAUCCACAAAUUUCAUACAUGAACUAGAAAUUUAUAUUUCAACACAAAAGUUCAUAAAUUCAACUAGCACCAUAUUUUAAAUAAAAUUCAAAGUCUUGGAUAGCGUCAUAAUCAGAGAUACCAUAUUUUAUUAUGCAUGAGGCAUCAUAAUCCAUGAAAAUCACAAUUUAAGCAUUUAGCUAAUCUCAUGCUUAACACUCGAGUUAUAAGCAAAUAUAUGUCAAUUUCCACCUCAAGCGCUGCCCCUUAAACUGUCCCUUCUCAAUCCAGUGGUCAAAAUCCUAGCCAAGGACGAUUGAAUAUGGAUUUUUUGCUUAAAAAAGGGAGUUAGAAGACUUCCCCCAAAUGCUAGAUCACCCCCUAACAGCUUGUAUGAAAACAAUCCUCUUGAAGGGUGUUUUCCGUCCAAUUCACCUUCUAGCUUUCCAAAGUUCGUUCUAGGUUAAUUAGUAUCCUACCCUUUUGAAUGAUUAAAUAUCAUUAGCAAGACGUAGAAGGGUGUUUGACCAUUCUUUUUAUUUUUCACAUGCUAAAGUCGUAUAGAACGCCCCCCAAUGGUCUCCAAUUAUUUUUGAGAGGAAAUAUCUCACCUCAUUGUUCGUCAUUGUCACUAAUGCCUUCCCUCCUAGUACUUAUUUGCAGACUAUAGUACGUGUGGAAUAACCCCAAAUGAUUGUAGGAAGUCUCUCCAUUAUUUUCAUUCUUAGCAAGUUGGGCCAAAAUACUACCUAGAUUGUCGUUAUUGUUCCUAGUCCGACCCAACUAGUUUAUAACACACACACACACAUAUAUAUAUAUGUGUGUGUGUGUGUAUAUAUAUAUAUAUAUAUACGUUACAUUAUAUUGGGUUCAUAUACAUAUUAGAAUGACCCAACAAUAUAUUAUGGAGUCCUUGCUAAUACUCUGGGACCAAAGAACUACUUACUGAAUCAAUUUAUUAAUUAAAACCUUAAUUGUGGACAAGAGAAGGUGACACGUUUAUUAAGAAAAUUGGGUUUGUGUGGUUGAUAUUAAAUUGAUAAAGUAAGAAUAAAGUAAGAAUGAUUUAGAGCCACACAAUCUUUACCAAAUUUGGUAUGGGACAAUCUUAGCGGGACUUCCCGAAAAGGUAAAAUGAGACAAUCUUAGCGAGAGUACAUGAUUAAUAACUAAAAUUACAAACCUGAUCCCCGGCCGAGAACCGAGAUCGGAGAUCCAAACCCUAGUGACCGAGCCCUAGGAGUACCGAAGAUUUAGAGAGAAGAAGGCUCUCACUCCGUUCAUUUUUUUUGGAAGUUCUAUUUCGCAUGUCAAGGCGUUUUAAUGUACGUAUUCAAUAAUAUCAUAUUAAUGUGAUCGCUAAUUUAAAAUUCUAUGUUUAACUUCGUUACAUUUUAAGUCAUUUUUAUCCUUAGAAAAACUAGAUGCUGAUAUAUUUUUCUUUCUUCCCAAAAUACCAAGUAAAACGCAAAAGUUGUAAGCAUAGCUUCCUAUUGCUAGUUAUUGGAGUCCUUGUAAAUAAAUAUUCGUUCUGGUCCAUUUUAAUGCUGAUUGAUCUUUAUGAAUUACGUAGUAGUAAUUGAUACGGAGGAAUUCAAUUGUUGGCGUAUCUUUCCUUUCCUAAAAAAAUAAUCAACCACACAAUAUUGAAGAACUGAAUUUGUCCCACACCGAUUUCUAUAGAAGAAGACCGCUCGUUUCGUUAUUAUAAAUAGGCUCUUCACUUUGCCUAACUCUUAUACCUUUCUCGGCCUUUUGGCUAAGAUCAAGUGUAGUAUCUGUUCUUAUCAGUUUAAUAUCUGAUAUGUGGGCCAUUGGCCCACACGAUAUUAACUCAAUUUUUUAGGGGAAGGGCCCAAUGGGUAGCUUGCUGCUCAGUCCUUCUGCGUCGCCUUAGUGUUGCACUUCUACUUUGGCCUGGCGCACCCCUCCAAGUUUAGUCUGAAGCUUUGUUGUGAUUUUUAUUUCUCUAUUGAAAAUUAAUUAAAUGAUUAAAUGAAAUUGGCCACUGUAAUGUAGUGGAAUUAUUUAAUUUUUUUCUCUUUAUUCGUUCCAUUAAAGUUUAUCAGUUAGCUAUUAAAACAAUUAACAAUGAAUUAAUUUGUUCAAUUUUCAUUUUCCUGCACGGUUUUGGGAAUUCUUAAAAGCUUACUAGUUCUAAGAAGUUAAGAAGCUAUAAUCAUAGUAAUUAUAUUGGGUGACUUAGUUUUAAUGUUUAUUGGUACUAAUGUACUCUCAUUUGUGGAAUUUUUUGAAAGUAGUCUUAUAUUUUUCCAUACCAUUUGUUUUAGUAUUAUUUUUGAAAAAUUCUUUGAGAUGAAGUAUUCUUAAUUGAAGUAUAACAGACGAGCUUCGUUGGGCUUAUGAAGUGCAAUAUUUUAAAGUGUAACAGACGAGCUUCGUUGUGCAUCACGUUAAAGUAAAUGCGACGUUGUCACGUUAAGUCUUGUUCUUAUUUAUACGGAAUAUAUAUAUAUAUAUAUAUAUAUAUAUAUAUAUAUAUAUAUAUAUAUAUAUAUAUAUAUAUAUAUAUGUAUGUUUGUGUGUGUGUAUCAGUAUAUGUAUAUACUAGUAUGUUAUAUUUUCAGGUUACAGAUGAGACGAACAUCUAACUUUUGCCCCAUUUAAUUAAUUUAUGAGUUCAAAAUUUAUUUGUUUAAAUAAAGAUGUCUUAAUUGGACUGGUUUCAAGCUAUCGGACUUGACCCAACUAGGUUUAAAGUUUUACAAACAUUACCAGAUCAAAUCAGACUUACACAGAAAAGCAAGAUGAGAUCAUAUCAAAAAGUUAAAAACAUUCUAACUGAAGUAAUAGAGAUGGUUCAUGACUUGUUCAUGUGUGUAUUCAAUUAUUCAUAUAUCCUCCUUCCAUUAAAAGUCUAAUGUGUCUCUUUCAUGCGGCUGAAUAUUUCUCAUUACUUGAUAAACCUAUCAUUAAUUGAUUUGCUCUUAUAUGUUGCAUCCCACACCGUUUAUUACAGAGAAAGCCGCUGGUUCUUUUGGUAUAAAUAGAGCUCGGCACAAGUUUAACAAGCUCAUACCUUUCUUGACUUUUGGUCUAAAAUCAAGUACUCCCUCUGUUCUGUUGGAAUGUUUCUGGUUUGAUCUACACAAAUAUUAAGGAAUUAAACUUAUCAGGAGAUAAAUUUUACUGUUUUGCACUAUUUGACCUUGUUUUGAUGUAGGAUAAUUUUCCAUUUAGGGAAAUGGUAACUUUCUAAUGGGACAUUCAAAAAAGUAAAGCGGAAACAUUCCAACGGGACAGAGGGAGUAUAUGAUAUGAGGGCCAUUGGCCACAUUAAGGGGAAGGGCCCAUUUUAUUAUUGACCUUAGCGUUGCACUCCUGCUUUGGCCUGACGUACCCCUCCAAUUUUAUUCUGAAGCUUUGUUGUGAUUUAUGUUUUGCAAUAUUAAUUUCUUUGAAUUCACUAGUAUAGUACUCGUGCAUACGUACAAGGAAAUUAAUUUGCUUUUGUAAUUAAUUAGAUCAUGAUUACAAGUAAAAUAUUAAACUUACAUGUUAGAGAUUUUGGAAAACCUCUUUAAAUACAACAUUCGUAGUAGUGUCUAAUGAUUUUACAUCCUCAUCACGUAUUAAAAUCUUCAAUCCAUGUUUGCUCUGAACUCUGGAUAAUGCCACAUACAAUUGUCAAUGACUAAAAAUAGGUCUAAGCAGGUAUAAUCCAACUCUUUCCAGUGACUGCCCUUGAGAUUUAUUGAUUAUCAUUGCAUAUGAGACCAUUAUAGGUUUAAAAGGCCAUGGUGAUUGAGAAGGAGACAUACACAUUCGAGGUAUGUAAAUCUCAUCUCCAUCAUAACUUUCAGACAUGAUUCUUGCUCCAAUGACAUGAUUUCCAAGUCUUCUGAUAAUCAAUCUAGUUCCAUUACAUAGUCCUUCUGACUGGUCACUGGUCUAUAUUUCUUAACAACAUUACUGGAGUCCCAACCUUAAGCCGUAUCUUGUGAUUUGGGAGAUCUGAUGUUCUCAAGGAAUUUAGAAACUCUGGUAUCAACACUUCAAAUGCUUCUGCUUAGACUACAUCUGAUUUGUCUACAGAAUCGCAACUUAAAUAUUCUCUUUCUUCUCCUGUAGUUAUACAAGUUCAGUAGACUUAAUUUAAAUAUUAAAUUUAUUUAAGUAUUUAUUUUGUUAGUAAAUAAGCAAAGUAGCAUUUGUAUAAUAUUACAUGGGAGCAAGGAAAGAACAUAGUCAUUAAUUUUAUCAACAAUUUCAAUAGUCGAUGCCAAGAUAGCUCUACAUUUGAGGAAUUCCUCAUUUUUGUAUUGUUCCAGCAAGUUAGGAUAUGUGCUUCGGAUUAUUGCAUCUAUUGAAUCAUCAAAUUCUUUAAUCAAGAAUUCAUCUAGAAUUUUUAUUUUUGCAUAACCGUCGUUUGGCUCUGAUAUUUUUCCAUCCCCCACAUCCAAUAUCCAUUUUGAAAAUUCUUUGAGCUCAGUAGCACUUGUCAUAUCCAAACUAUUUUGGAGUUGCAUAUUUUUAGUAAGAGACAAUACCUAUGAAUAAACAAAAAAAAUACUUGAUUCUGAUUAUCAUAACUUAUAAAGUAAUUAUUCCAAAAAAAUUCUAAAGUGAUAAUUAGUGUUAAAAUUGAAUUUUCUAAAGUAUCGCAAAAUUAAACAUAUUAGUUAUGAUACUGAUGGAGUAAUGGGACUAGGCCCAGAGCCUAAUCAGCCCAAGCCCCGAACUUGGACCCAUGGAUCCAAGUCCAUAACCUGGAGCCUGCCAGCCAGCCCGACGGGGAGCCUGGUAGUCCGACCGACCUCCUAACCCGGAAGAGUAACGGUCGAACAAUUAGUGCGCUAUUAAUUAUGUAUUUAAUUCCGUAUGAAUGUUGUAAUUAAUUAGUCAUUAUUAACGGUAACAGUUACGAUUUGUAUACGCCUAUAAAAGGCGGGUUGUAAUUCAGAUCAGGAGAGACAAUUUCUAUAUGCUAUUUCUGGUUAACUUUCCAUAUUUGUACUUUCCUAAUUCUUGCUUGAGUGUCGUGCGUAGCUUUCCUAAAAGCCUACGAGCGUCUUAUUUUGGACCAACAUUGGUGCUUUCAUCGAGAGCCUCUAUUGAUCUCUCACAUCACUUUAGUAGGAAAAAAUUCAAGAAAUUCAUCCCAAUCCAAGGUGCUACAGUCCCCCUUCCUCCUGUUCUCUUCGCCAAUCACAGUUGGAUGCCGUGCGCCGACGUCGCUGCUGGUCUCCCUCAUCGCCAUGCCUAUUCAUGAGAUAGACCUUCAAAUGGGCGCCCACCUAACAUUGAACAACGGACUUAUGAAAUCUGAUCACUCACGUACACCGGACGAGCACACACACUCGUACACUGGCCGAGCACACACACUCGUGCCACCGGGUCAUGUCAUAUGGGUGUGGCGAUUAAUAAGCUUCAAUAUAAAUGUUAAUACCGCACACUCUUGACUUCAUACGAGUUCUUGCGUGCUCUUACCCUUUCCAAGUGCAUCACACUCCGACCUCAGGGGACGAGUCACCCGUUCAAAAGUUUUUACUUGAGGGUUCAAACUACUAACCUCGGGCGGCGAGUUAAACUCUUAUUAGGGGCCUAGAGCCACGCUGUUCCGAGCAAUUUUGUCACUUAAUUGACAUUCACAUUUCUCGAAAAGGUUGAUAUACUUUAGUUCUUUGGGGUUGGAUUAUCCAUUCGAGUGAGGAGUCCGACUCACUUACUCGCGGAUUCAAUCUUUCUUCCGGAGACUGGGUUGAGGCCUAACUUGGGAACUAGAUGUCAUUCUUUUCAAAUAGUGAGUCCGACUCACUUACACACUGAGCCGUGGUUCGACACCAGGCCAGAUGCUCUAUUCUACACUAGUUUCUUUUAUGUGUAGGUUUAACUGAAUGAAGUGGGGGACUGAGGGUCAUACCGUCUUCAAGGAAGCAAAUGACAAACCCGACGAGUCUGAGCCCGACGAGAAGAACAGUUCUAGCCAUCCUAUUCGCAGAUGGCGAUCAUUGCAAUAAAGGCUGAGGAUCUCACCUCUUGCUUCAUCUUGGGGGCGUCAGAUGUACUCUUUUUCCCUUCAUUAGGAUUUUUUUCCCAUUGGGUUUUUUCCUAAUGAAGGUUUUUAAUGAGGCAUCUCCCCAACAUGGAUAAGGGUGGGGAUUUUCUAGUCUCGGAGAAGAGCAACUGACUUGGACUACUUCCUCUUAGUCGAGUCUACUACUCGACUAAGGGAGUGGGGGACUCGUGAUGGAGUAAUGGGACUAGGCCCAGAGCCUAAUCAGCCCAAGCCCCGAACUUGGACCCAUGGAUCCAAGUCCAUAACCUGGAGCCUGCCAGCCAGCCCGUCGGGGAGCCUGGCAGUCCGACCGACCUCCUAGCCCGGAAGAGUAACGGUCAAACAAUUAAUGCGUUAUUAAUUAUGUAUUUAAUUCCGCAUUAAUGUUGUAAUUAAUUAGUCAUUAUUAUCGGUAACGGUUACGAUUUGUAUACGCAUAUAAAAGGCGGGUUGUAAUUCAGAUUAGGAGAGGCAAUUUCUAUAUGCUAUUUCUGGCUAACUUUCCAUAUUCGUACUUUCCUAAUUCUUGCUUGAGUGUCGUACGUAGCUUUCCUAAAAGUCUACGAGCGUCCUAUUUUGGACCAACAGAUACUAAAAAAGUGAGUUUAAUACCUGACAGUCUUCCCAUAGAUACGAAGAAUUGAUUGUAGCAUUAACAAUGUUUGAACGGCUUCCUCCAGGAAUAACGGGUAAAGUUUGAAUUGUCUAAAGUCUCCUCCAAAGACAAUCACUCUUCCUCCGAAUGGUGAAAUAGAAUUACCAUCAUUAUUAAUGAUGUCAUUUAGGCUUCUGUCUAAUGCUUCAAAACAAAAUUUGUGAGCCAUUGUUGCUUCAUCCCAUAUUAUCAACUUUGUCUGUUUCAAUAGCUCUGCAAGUUCACUCCCUUGAUGUAUAUUGCAUGUAGAGUUCUCCAAAGUAGGAACUCGGAUUGAAAAGUUAGUGUGCAUUUCUGCCUCCAGGUAAGAGUAGAGAAGCUAUUCCACUGGAUGCGACAGUUAAAACAAUAUGACGCUGAGAACGUAAGGCAGAAACUAGCGUCCUCCACAUAAUUUUUUUUCCUGUACCACCAUAACCAUAUAAAAAGUAUACCCCACCUUUUUGGUUAGUCACAGCUUCCAUUAUUGUUUCGAAUAUGGCUUUCUGUUCAUCUGCAAUACUAGCAUCAAAAUAUAUGAAUGAAAUCAUUUUUCUCUUGACACUCAAAACCAUUUAAUCUGACUUAUAAAUCAUAUGAAUUGUAGUUGUCUUACCGGUAAGAGAAGCAUACAAACUUUGAAACUCCUCACGCAACUUGGAUAUAUUCUGCAUAAAUAAGCCUAUUUCCUAGUUGUUCCGUGAUAUAUCCAUUUGGAUAUGGUAUUGAGGGAAAGUCUUUUAGACUUUUUCUCUUUUUUUUUGCAUCAAUUUCUCAAUCUCCACAAGAGUUAAAUUUUGCAACUCUUGAUCACUCAGCUGUAAAUCUACAAAUGUAAUAAACACAAUUGUAUUAGUAAUCAUAAGAAGAUGUUCAUGUGUAUGUGUCCACUCUCAUUAUGUCUUUAUUGUAAAUAAUUUAAUUUGUCACAACAAUGCAAAUGAAUGACCAAUGAGAUACACAUGGAAUUAAAAUUAUGAAAUAGUUUUAUUUGAAUAUGUUAAUUUCCGAAAUAAAAAAUAUCAAUGCAUUGAUUUAAAAAUAUAUUUUAUUUUUAUAUGUUAAUUGAUAUGUGAACUAAUUUUAAUACUUAAUGUAAGAAAAGUUGUUUGGGGUAAUCAAGAAAUAAUGUUUGUUUAUGAUAAUAAGAAGUAAUUAAUUUCAUCUUUUACUACAAUGCAAAUGAAUGACAAAUGAGAUAUGCACGAAAUUAAAAUUAUGAUAUAGUUUUAUUUGAAUAUGUUGAUUUAUGAAAUAAAAAAAAUCAAUGUAUUGAUUUAAAAAUAUAUUUUAUUUUUAUAUGUUACUUGAUACGUGAUAUAAUUUUAAUACUUAAGGUAAGAAAAGUUGUUUGAGGUAUUUAAAAAAUAAUGUUUAUUUAUGGUAUUAGUAAAUAAUUAGUGUCAUCAUUUAAUAAUAUUUUUAAUUAUAUAAUUAGUGAAAAUUUAAAAAGGGUAACAAAGAUCUGGUAAAUUAAUCAUAUAUACUCUAUGUGAAUUCUAAUAUAAGGUGAAUGGAAUUUAGUUGGUAGGAUAAACACCAUGAAAAACUUGUCUUAAUACAAAUGAUAGGUGAAAAGCUAAUUUUUAAUUGAUUUGUAUACCUGGGAUAUUUGAGAGCCUUCAUUGUUGAUACAAAAUUGCCAACCACUGCCAAGUUUGUUCCCUACAUGCUCAUGUCUGCUCACGGGGAAUGAUAAGAGCAGAGUUACAAAUAAUUUUCUCAAGUAAUGUCCUGAUGCCCAAUCCUUAACUUCUUUUAAUGCUCCAAUGUAUUCUUUAUCAUCACCAAGCAAUCCCGCUGCAAAACACGCUUCUCUAGAGCUCGGAUAUUGAAUGUUGGCAACCGUCCUAAUAUCCUCAUAACAACGUGUCUCUUUUGUUACAGUGAGCAUCAUUCUUAAAUAGAAUAGUUCACGUGUUGUUGGAGGUACCCAGAUCAGUCUACCAAUAGUGUAACCAGUGGCAGACCUACUAAGGGUCCCACGGGACCCCAUGUACUAAAAUAACACAUAUAUAUACUAUAUACUCCCUCUGGUUCCAAAAGAUCUUGACACUUUGACUUCACAGUUUUUAAGGAAAUAAACACUGUUUGACACUGUUUGGCACUGUUUGACACUGUUUUGUGUAGAUUUAUUUGCCAAAUAAGGAAAAUAAGGAAGUGUAAAGAUCUUUCUGGUACUGCUAAAAAUGGAAAGUGUAAAGAUCUUUCAGAUCGGAGGGAGUAAUUUUUAUAUAAAAAUUAGCUAAGAAGCAUAUAUAUAAAAGAAAAGGUUAACUGAUACGUAAAGAAUGGAUGGGUUUAAUGGUAGCAUGCUUUGCGUUCAAAGCUCUACCACUUUGGGAGGUACGUGGAUCGACUCUCCUCUAUGAGUUUUUUUGUGAACUUGAAAGAUCAAAGUAGUCCUUUUACACUGGGCGCAUGUGUGCUUUUUUUGUUUCCUUUUAUACUAGUAUACCUGUGCAUACGCACGGGAAAGAGCCGUCGGUGCAUAUUUUUGUACUCAUGAUCUAAUUGCAAAUAAAUAUAUAAAUAUUCCCCUCUUAAUAAUUAGCAAGAUUAUCUUCUUAUAUCUAAAAGCACAACAUAUGAGAGAGAUAAUUCUCCCGUUCAAUUGUUAGCUUACAUAUCUAUUUAUUAUACGUAAAAGCAGUACAUAUCGGAGAGAAAAUUUUCUUACUCAAUUGGUAGUUGGAUUAUCAUAGUUAAAAGAACUACAUAUGAGAAAGAAAGUUUGUCCGUUCAAUUGUUAGCAAGUUUGUCUUCUUAUCUUCAUAUAUCUAAAAUCGCUACAUAUGAGAGAGAAAAUUAUCUCGUUCAAUUUUCCCGCUCAAUUGUUAGCAAACUUAUAUUGUAAUAUGUAGAAGAAAAAAUUGUCCUAAAUAGGACUAAAACAUAGUUAAAAUUCCAAAAUAGGACUUGAAAUUUAUUAUUCCCUAAAUAGGACAUCUGAUUACAUUUUUGCCCUUUAAUUAAACCAUGGAUUCGCCAACUCCAACACGCAGAUGCCAUCUGCGAUGAAGAAACAGAGAUGCGUAGAAAGCAUCCCUAAUUUACGAUCUCAUAUGCGAUGAAGAAACAGAGAUGCAUAGCAAGCAUCCCUAAUUUCCAAUCUCCCAAAGCUCCAAUGAAGCCAGGUAAUUUUCUCCAACUCCUUUCUCUUCUUCUCUUCUUCUCUUCUCCUUCCCUUAUCUUCUCUUCCACUCUUCUUUUCUCUCUUGUACGACUCUGGUCUAUUUUAGUUUUCUUGAUUUUCACUUUAACACUUCUUACUUUUGAGAUUUUAAACAAAUUAUUUUGAUUUAGAUUUUGGAUGAGAAAUUAAAACAAGGUUCCGAAAUUGAUUUGUUUAUUCAUUUAUAACUAAUAUGUAUUUGAAAUUUUCACUUUUUGGAUUUGAGAAUGCCACUUUUAUGUCAUCUUUUUAUAGGAUGAUUGCAUAAUUUCCUAUGAAAAUGUCACAACUAUCAAUGUGAAAAUGUCAUCUUUUAUUAUUAUAGUCAUCUUUAAAUGUUAGCAAAUUUAUCUUCUAAAAUACCUAAAAGCACUACAUAUGAGAGAGAAAAUUCUGUUUUGUGGCUUUAGUUUUUAGUUUGGGAGGAAGCAAGCACGCUAACUUGGCCCAUAAUAGUUUUGAAUCUAUCUCAUGGUCAGCGAUUAGUCUUGCUCAUUAUUGGGCAGUCUAUUUUAUAUCUAAUCAGAUAGUGAGGUUGCCUAUUAUUGGCUAUUUUAUAUUCUAUUAUUGGCUAUUUUAUAUUCUAUUUUAUAAGCGGAACACAACUUUUAUUAAGAUCAGUGGCUCGAGGCCGAGGGUGGUAAUCUUAUCAACAACCCAUUUAGGAGUUAGCUUCUCAGUGAGCUUCUGACCUUGGGGUGGAGGCUUUUCCCGUCUGCACCUUCUUCGGCAUGCUGAGAGCUCGUGACCCAUUAUGGUGUGAGUUUGUACGCGCCGUUCUUGAUUGCGGCAUUGAUGAUGUCGGGCCCUUCGUAUCUUGAGGGCUAAUUUUCCGCCGUCUUUCGGCUUGCUGGCUUCCCUUCAGUGAAGGACACAAUCAGUGGAUGUGACACUUCUUUAGCUGGGGCUCCUCGAAGCCCUCGUCAUCGUUGAGCCUCCCAAUUUCACGCUUCUUCGUCAAGGUGUCCCCUUCCUGAUUCCCAGUGUUCACCCAGGUGUUUUUCCUUGGGGUACCUUUAACAAAUUGGUGGAGUUCACCCCGUUGAAUCGAACGCUCAAUGGCUUUCUUCACCGUGACACAAUCGUGUGUAUCGUGGGAGGUGUUCUUGUGGUAAUGGCAAUAAGUGCCGCCCUGGUGGACGGCGUAGAUUUCUUUCACCGACCGAGGAUCCCUGGGAAAGAGAUCUUGUUCCUCUGCGUAGUCGAGGAUGGUGCUCACCGAGUGUGUGAGGGGAGUCCUUGGCAUGUCCAACCUCGGCCGCCAUGGGCGCUCCUUCCGGCCCUGGCGGGCCUGGUCUCCAUGAUCUCGGCCCCCGACUGAGGGUGCGCUUGGAGGCGGCGCAUUGUUUGUCUUCUUUGAUGGCUGGCCUCCAUCCUUCUCAUGGGAGUGGAGCUCAUCGGUGUCAGCAUACAAGCUCUCUCGCUGGAGUGCCUUGGUGUAUGACCUCGAUGGGUCAAUGAUGAGGCUCCUCGUGUAGGGGCUACUGCGGAGAACGUCCUGAAAGAGGACGAGGAGGGUUCGCUCAUCGGCACCUUCGACCUCAUCGGUCUCCUUCGUCCAUCGGUCGAUGAAAGACCGAAGUGAUUCAUCGUGUUGCUGUUUGACGGAGAGGAGAUGGGAGAAAUGUUUCUUCACGUGCUUCCUUCCAGCGAAGUGGGUGAGGAAGCGUUGGGCAAGAUCUUGCCAUGAGUCCACCCUUCCUUCAGGCAGCGCGUUGAACCACUCGUACGCUGGUCCCUCAAGAGCGGAAAGGAACCAACGACAGAGAUAUUCAUUGGACGCAUUCACCAUCAACAUGUUGUUCUAAUAGCGGCUGAAAUGCUCCCGGGAGUCGUUGCGACCGUCAUAGGACUUGAUGGCAUUCCCCCAGUACUUCUCGGGUAUUGGGACCGAGAGCACCCUUGUGGUGAAGGGACUUUUUGUUCUGAUUUGGAUGACGGGGUCACCACAUCCCUCAACCAGCUCCCUCUCCAAGUCACUGACCUUGUGCAAGAGUACGUUGAAGCCGGGAUCCCUGGACGUGUUGGCCGUAGGGGUAGCGGGCAGCUGUUUGACCUCCAUCUGGACGAGCCUCCUUUCGAGCUAGGCGAUGACCUCGUCCCGGGGGUCCUUGCUGAGUUCUGGCGCGGGCUGCAUGGGCCAUGUUGAUGUGACGACGUGUGACAUCCUUAUGCAGCUUCCCAUUGCCUUUGUCAAGACGGGGCCGAUCCGCUGAUCGGGAUACGGACCCUAAGCUCUCCCUCGACGAGCCAGGCUUACGUUCACCAAUCCGUCCCGCUAGCCUCUCCUAUGCUGGCUGACGAUGCGCGUCCCCUAACCUAUUGAAGGCCGAGGCUCUACGCACUGAGGUCGGUCCAACUCGGGGACGGGACACACUGUUGGAAUGAGACGAAGACGUAUCCUAGGGCUCGACCCCCUCGACGUUGCCCAUCUUCAUGACCAAUGACUGAGGUGCGGGAGGCGGUGGAGUAGUGUUCUCCCCCGUCCUUGGCAUCAGUGCGCUGAGGACGGUGGGGUUUUGAGCCAGGCUGACUAUGAUGGCCGAUAGGGCAGCCUGGAGCUGAGGAUCAACGGUGGGAGUAUCCUGCUGCCCCGAUGCAUGGUCACCUUUGUCCAUGCGCUUUUUCUCAAGGCCGAUACGGGCGUCUUGAGCGUUGUCGUUAAGCUGAUUGCGAAGGUCUGUCGUGGGGUCGAUAGUUUCCUGGAAGAUCUCCUCGUCCCCUGCCUUAUCGGACGAGGCGUCGCCAGAGUGCUCCCGACCCCCCUGAGUUUCAGGAAUCGCCUUGCCGAUGAGGUUACAGUUUGACCUUGUUCUUCCCAUAGCCAGUUAGCUGUGCUUGGUAGCGAUGAAGGAUGCUAACUUGAUUGUUCUAGCUCUCAAUGAAAGCAUCGAAUGAUAGAGUAUUAACUUUUAGAGAGAAGUGAGAGCUAGAGAGAAAAGUGAUUUGAAUUAAUGAAUUUCCAACCCUUUACAUGGCUCCCAUGUGUAGUAUUUAUAGGGGAAAUAUGAGGUGGGCUCUCAAGUCUUGGGCUUGAUUGGGAGGCGCAUUACAAUAUAAAGCCUCCAUUGGGCUGAUUACAUUAGAAGUCUAGUUCUGUGAGUUUCUUCUGAUGGGGACGCUCGAUCAAUGGAGACCUUGCCAGAAUGGGGACGCUCGGCCGAUGGAGACCUUGUCAGGAUGGGGACGCUCGUCCGAUGGAGACCUUGCCAGGAUGGGGACGCUCGGCCGAUGGAGACGCUCGACCGAUGGAGACCUUGCCAGGUUGGGGACGCUCGGCCGACGGAGACCGACUGGGCGACAACUGUGCUUCCUCUUAGUCUUUUGAGAAUGUAGGUCAUGGGGUCUGGACCCAUAUACUCUAUCAUGAUGUAACACCUCAAUAGUGAUAUUUAUUAAAUUGAAAAAUGAAUUAUAUUAUAUUUAUUUCAACUUUUAUCAAAGAAGUAUUGAACUUACAUGUAAUGUAGAAGAUAUGAAUAAUAUAAUAGGUAAGCACUCAAGAGUAUAAUAAUUAACUAAGGACGGAACAAUAAUUACACUUUCAAAAGAGAUAAUAAAUACAUGCCCUUAAAUUUUAUGUGUGAGAGUAAAUAUACCUUUUAAAAUUUAUUUUGAAACAACUCAACACACAUUUUUGAGAAUGUUUAAUGCUUUUUACGAAAUGAAAUAACUUUUCGUUAUUUAUCAUACAUGCGUUUAAUUGUAAGUUGAAUAAUAAUAUUCUACAAAAACAUUUCAAUAUGCGCCUUACAUUAUUAUAAACAAAAAUAAUUAUACACUUUUGUCCCGUGCAUCGCAUAGGUACAACACUAGUUUUAUGAAGAACGUACAUGCUAAAUGUUUCAUCAGAAACUUCACCGGAAAGGCCCUCAAACGGGUUCGCCGGAAUGACGGUUCUGAUCCUCAUCACUUCUCUGAAUUUAAACAAUAAUUGUUUCACCAUUAUUGUUUAGUACUUGAGAAAUUAUGAACUAAGACAUUUUCGAUACUUAAAUUACUUUAAUAUUACCACCGUUACAUUUUUGCAAAUAAAUCCCAUAAUUUAUAUCAUAUUUUAAUGUUUCAAUUACACACUUAUAAGGUUGAUAUCCUUCCACACCUCUUAAAUAGUUAACUAUACACAAUUCAUGUGGUCAACUUAGAGCAUCUUUAAUGAACGUGUGGAUUGUACUCCAUAAAAAAUGAACACAUCAACCGUAUAAAAAGGCCGUGAAGCUGACUUGGAUCCACACAGAAUUAAAAGAGUAUUUUCUCUCCAUCAACAGAGUUUUAAAGAAUUAGCCGCAGGUUGCCAUUUGUUAUAACUCUUCUUCUACCUUUCUUCUCAUCUCCAAAGGCAUACCUCAAGGUCAUGAACAGAUAAUCAGUAAUUUCAUGAUUUCAUCUCAUGACAUAGCCGCAUGUUACGUCUCCUAUCACACACACAUGUGUGUAUAUGUAUUAAUGUAUAUGUAUAUAUAUGUAUUUAUAUUUGUUGCACAUUUAAUUUAUGUAAUAAAGGUGUGCUAGUAGGAUGUUUUUACUUGGACUGUAAUUUGCUGGUCUGGUCUGAUCUGAACUGGUCUGGUCUGAUUUCUUUGUAUUUUUAUAACUAUCCAAGUCUGGUCUGGUCUGAACUGGUCUGGUCUGAUCUGGUCUGGUCUGGUCUGGUCUGGGACGAAUUACGGUCUAAGUAAAAACAUCCUAAUAAGCAUAGUGCAGGUCCUAGUAAAAUUGGAACCAAUACUUUGUUCAAGCUAAGGCAGAACAAUACAGAGGCAAAACUAAUUAUAGAAAAAAUGAAUUUGGAAUCAAUACAUUGAAAAAGCUUCGUCAAAAUCUAAUAGGUUUGUAGAUGGCACUAAAAUUACCGAUGAUUUUAGUUCAUACCUUGUAGUUUUUUUUAUAGUUUAUCAAAUUAAAAAAUAAAAAGAAAAAGUUAAAUAAUACUACCUCCGUUCUCUUUUAAUUACAACAUUGAACUUUUUGCACUAUUCACACGUUCUACUUUGACUACAUUUUAUUUAGUAAUAAUGUAUAUUUAAUUAAAUUUUAAAAAAUAUAUUUAAAUUCCUCUCAUUUUGAAUUUUCAAAAUCUGAAUUUUUUAAUUUUUUUACUAAUAAGGAAUGAAAGAUAUUAAUGGUCAAACUUGUGCAUUGACAAGCGUGAAAAGUGGACCAUUGCAAUUAAAAAAGAACGGAAGAAGUAUCUACAACUUUGAGUUCAAGGAAGAUGUGCAAAAGAUACCGGGGAACACACUUUGGGCGAAAAAGUUAUGUUCUGCCGUCAAAUAUCUUCGUAAAAAAUUAACACGCGUAAAUUUUGUGCUGACUAGUCUGUUUCACAGACCUUCUGAAAGUAGACGGUGUGCUUGACAGUAUCCGGUACAACUCAACACCACGUCAUAAAUAAUAGAUAGUGCCAUUGGAGAAGUUAUUUUUAUCCCAAUGUUUAUUUCAUCUUGGUGGCAAUGCAUUUUUAUCAAUCCAAAUCUCUAUUAGAGAGCUCUUAAUUAACACCUUUUAAUCAUUCAGAUAUAAACCAAAUUUUAUUCAUUUUCAAAUUUGAAUUUUGCGUGAUUUCUUGAUGUGUAAUCUGUAGACAUCAUGAACAUUCCCUAGCUAUUAGCCUAUUUUUUUUUUCUAUAGGGCUUGAAGUGGGCAUUAGCAAUAAGAGGAAUAACCGAUGUGUGACGUUGAUUAUAUUCUUAAAUUUAAAAAUAAAACAACUUAUUCAGUCAUUAGUUGUGUGAACAUUAUGAUACAUUACCUAUAUAUCAACACAUCAACCGAAAAAUUCUCAUUAAACUACCAUUUAUCUCAGUUACAUAUGAAACAUUUAACUCAAGUAUUGUAUAAUAAUUAUCCAUCAUUUUGAUACUUUAAUACUGUACAUAAUUAAAUUUCGACCCCUCUCACACAUUUUUCUGGCUCCGCCCCUGCCUAUAUGAGAGUCACCUUUAAACUAUAAUCUUGAAUCAAAGAUAUAGUAAUACCGUUAUACCAUCAAAAGUCUACUGGCAAUUUUGUGGAAUCAAUACGCGUGUGUUUUAUUAUCAAUCGACGAUUUAUUCUUGUUCUUUCUUUAUCCCACACCGUUAAUUACAGAGAAAGCUGCUGGUUUCUUUGGUAUAAAAAUAGCUCUGCACAAAAGUUUAAACUCAUACCUUUCUCGGCCUUUUGGCUAAGAUCAAGUGUAGUAUCUGUUCUUAUCAGUUUAAUAUCUGAUAUGUGGGCCAUUGGCCCACACGAUAUUAACUCAAUUUUUUUAGGGGAAGGGCCCAAUGGGUAGCUUGCUGCCUCAGUCCUUCAGCGUCGCCUGAGUGUUGCACUUCUGCUUCGGCCUGGCGCACCCUACCAAUGUUACUGAAAAGUUUUUUCGUUUAAACAGUUUAGGGUAUAAAUUUGGAUCCUUU